AUGAGCGUUCGGACGACCUCAGACCUCGCAAGGCAUGCAAUAGGCAAUGCCAACAAAGUGCGCCAUGCCUCCACGACAACUGUCUCCCGUGCUUCAAAGCCAGAACACGGCCAACAAAUUUAUGUCUUCCACCAAUUCCAGACGAAUCAAAUCGUCUACUCCUUAACCAAAUCAUUAAAGAACAAUGCCUCCCUCCGCCAAUUGCCUUUCAACGGCAAGAAAACCGUCCCUCGGGCUCUACGAAAAGACCUUUGGGCCCCCCUAGCGUUAAUCCAGUUCCCUGAGGGGGCUGGAUCGAUCGGACUCGCCGCCUUCCAGAAACUGCGGGAAUAUCGACGACUGCAUGAAUUAUCCUGGGAUGACUCCCUCCUGACGGACGACGAUGGGAAGAUCUUAACAAGAAAGGAAAGAGGGCGGAAGAUAUCCGAUCAGAAGGCCAACAGCGUUGCUGAUAUAGCUUCAGUGCUAGCGAAGAUAGGAACCCCCGAAGGAGAGAAGAUCGGGCUGAAAUUGAAAGCGGAGGGCGAAGAAGGAGUUAAGGUGCCAACGGUGGAAGUCAAAUGGAGUGACUUGAUGGAUGCACAGUUUGCAGAGACCUGGAGCGAGAACGUGAUCCAUGAUAAAUUGGAGGCUUGGAACAACAACCGGUUGCCUUCCUCCGAGAGGGCGAAGCUGGCCGAGGAGGAGCGCAUGAAGGACCCCAAGGUGCUGGCACAGCUUGAAAGGCAGAAGAAGAGAGAAGAAGAGAGAGCGAAGCAAGAGGAGGAGAAGAGGCUGCAAGAAGAGGAGAAGGAGAGGAUAAAGGCCGAGAAGCAUAAGCUCCACUUAGCGACCAAAGCCGAAAAGCAUGCGAAGUAUCUCGCCGAUCGCGGAAUCACCGAAGCAGAGUACCAGGUGGAACUGCAGGAGCUUCUGAGAGCCAAGGCCGAGAGACAAGCGGCGAAACUGGCUAAACAAGCCGCGGCUGAGGCGGAGAAGGAGCAGGCCAAGGUCGAGAGCCAACAGACCCAGACCGAGAGCGAGCAGCUCAAGGCCGAACGCGAGCAAGCCGAGAAAGAAAGACUGGAGAAAGAGAAGGCUGAAAAGCAAGCGCUCUACUUCGCAACAAAGGCUGAGAAGCAUGCGAAAUACCUUGCUGAGCGCGGCAUCACCGAAGAACAGCACCUGCAGGAAGUGCAGGAACUCUUGAAGGCCAAGGCCGAAAGGCAGAAGGCGAAGAGGAUCGCAGCCAGGCAAAGGAAGCAGCAGAUGAAGCAAAGUAAGGAGAGUGAGCAGAGUGAGCAAAGUGACAACUGA